AUAUUUCGAUUUCCCAACGCGGCCACACUUCAGUAUCUUGUUUUCGCGAUCAGCGAUCGGUUCGUUCGUGUCGUUUAGGUUGUUAUUUCGUUGUUAUCCGUCGGUUUCUUUUAGCGGAGUUUGUUUUCGGUGGUUUCGUUCUGUUUUCAUUCUUUUUUUUCUGUGCCGUGUGAGUUGCGCGCACGCGCAACCAGCGAAAUUGCUAAAUAAAGAAAUUCAAACGUUGCAAGUGGCAGCGUUUCUCGACGUCAACGGCGACGCAGCGCAGGCGCAGCAGCAGCAGAACAACGAAUCAAAUGGAAUUGGAUUUCGCCUCAAUGAGCAGUUAAUUGGAAUUACGUUCGACUGGAAGUGAGUGCAACAAGGAAACCUCCUCACUUUCGAACUGAAUUGACAACGCAAACUGGUGGAAAAUUGCGGCAAAGUUGUGUCGUCAUCUCAUCGUCGUCGUCGUCGUCGUUCUCCCCAGCCAACUGUCAUUGUCUUUGGCAUUGGGCAACAUUUUAAUUGAAAAAGUUUUGCCAACUCUGGCACGCAGGAGAGAUGACUGUGAAAUUGGCCAAGCUGUUUGGGGGCGUGACAACGGGUGGCAUUGAGAUCCUGGACUCCCCGGGCAAUCCGCAACAGCAUCAGGAGCAACAGCAUCUGCAGCAGCUGCAACAGCAACCACUAACUGCACCGCAGCAGCAUAUGCAACAGCAGCCACCGCCUCUGCCGCCACCAAAUGCGAAUAUGAAGAGCCUCAAGUAUUACGAGCAUCUGCAGGCCACCUACGACUGUCACGAUCUGAUGGAUCAUGACCAGGAUCAGGAUGACUACGAGGACACCUGUAUGCAGCGCAACCAUCCGUACAACAAUUCGCAGAGACCGCUUUUGGGCGACCGGCGACCGCAACUCACUGUGAUGAGUGUGGGUAAAAAGGGCGCAAAGUCUGGGAUGCAGGUGCAGAAUCUGCCACUGCCACUGCCACCAUUGCCGCCACUGAGGAGCUACAUCUCACCCUAUGUGCAGCAACAGAAGCGGGACAGCGCGAAGGGAUUGCACGGAUUCAACGACUUCGAUGCCCUGUCCCAGCAAUAUAAUCAACACCUUCAGAGCCCACACAUUGGCUAUCCCUAUGGCAGUCCACCGUCGCCAACGGCUCAAUCCAGUGAUUUUUGCUUUGAUCGCCAAACUGGUAUGGUCAUGCUGCCCGGCACCGCGGGUGGUCACCAGGUCAGCUCGAGCAGUUCGAGCAACUGCAGCAGCUCGCACACCACGUCCACCUCCUCGCCCACUAGAUAUUAUCCAGAUAAUCCCGGUCAUGCCACUGGUCUUUAUGCCUCCCGCUUCGAGGAUGACUUUUGCAUGCGUCGUCCUGCCGUCCAGGAAAGUUCAUCGCCCAUCAUUGCCGGUGGUUGUGGAGGUGGAGCAGGAUCAGGAGUAGGAGUAGGCGGAGGACCCUUCAUCUUUGGCAUUGCACCGGAGCAGCAGGUCACGGAUUAUGGAAGCAACCCACUGCCACCAACUCCUCCGCAGCUGAAACAACAAUCUGUGAUUAGUCGAAGCCCACUGCAACAAUCGCUGAGCGACACAAGUGCCGCCAGCAGUGGCAAGGGCUCCAAAUUCUUAUUGCGUAAGCGUAAAUCAAAGAAGACAACCGCAGCAGCCGCAGCAACAACAACUGGGGCCGCAACAACGGCCAAAAAGACUGACAAAAAGGCUAUUGCCCAGCCACAGCCUUCGAUCAAGUGCGUCGUGGUGGGCGACGGAGCCGUGGGCAAGACGAAUCUGAUACUAUCGUAUCUGGAGAAUCGCUUCAAUCCGGAGCACAUACCCACGGCAUCAGACAUUUAUAAUGCCGAUGUCAACGUUAACGAAAGUCCGGUGCACCUGACCAUUUGUGAUACCGCUGGCCAGGACACCUUGGAUCCGCUGCGGGAGCUCUGCUAUCCGGACAGCGAUGUUUUCCUGCUCUGCUUUUCGGUGGUGAAACCGGAAACAUUUCGGGCCAUCAAGGCCAAAUGGGCACCGAAAUUCGCCAAGACCAAGGCCGCCCUGAUUUUGGUUGGCACCCAGGCCGAUCUUCGCACCAGUCCCAAUGUCCUCAACAAACUGCAGACAAAUGGCGAGGAAGCAAUUUCAUAUGCAGACGCCUGGGAUUUGGCAACAACAAUUGGCGCAAAAUACAUUGAGACUUCGUCAGCCACACAGGACAAAGUCAAGGAUGUGUUCGACACAGCCAUUUGGGAAGGUCUAGUGCCCACCACCCUGCCGCCCACACCCUCGUUUUGGAGGAAACUAUUCUGCCUGGCCUGAAACUCGAUUGAAACUCAACUCAACAGCACGAUCUAUUAACUUUUUUUGAUUCGUUUCAUUUAACUAGUAUUUAUAGUAAAGAGUUUUUUUUAAGAGAUUUUCGUUUAGCAGUGCUUGCACACAGACUGAUCUACACAUAAACUAAAAUAAUCUACUUAUAAAAAAACAAAAAAAAAAAAUAAUGUUUAAUGCCGAAACGAAGAUGUUUUCAUUAUAGAUUUUAAACUCUUACUCGUAAUUAUGUUCGUGGUUUUCUCUCAUCAUUAUUACUCUUUUUUUUUGCUUAAUUAUAGCCUUACACUAUUUAAAACUUAUUAUCGCCCAGAAUCCACAACUAUGUUAUAUCAUUCCAUCCAUGUUUAAGCAUUACGUUUUAGGCAAAUAUUACAAAUAUUAUAUAACGAAGGCAGCAUUAAAUACAGAAUUGAAACAUAUUCAUCCAACAGA